UCGGGAAGCUGCCCACCUGGCAGGACAAGUGUGGCGAUGCCACCAACGUGCCCGAGAGCGUGAUGUCUAUGAUUGAGGGUCUUCGCACCCCAGUGUCCAUCACCCCCCAGGCCUCCCCCAUCUCCCAGAGACACAGUAGGAGCAACUCCAUAUUCCGGGACACAGUUCCACCCCUGCCCCGGCACUGAAGGCUCAGACCAGCCCAUUGGCCAGUAUGUUCACGCAGGACACACCCACAACAAACUCAGUCACCAGAGAGACUGAGAGUGGCACAGACUACAGGGACAAUGGAGGGGAGGAGAGUGGCGGUCUAGGUCCCAGGUCAGUGUCUGUGGCCACAGGACUCAACAACAUUGUGAAGAGACCCAGGGUCCGCACCAUCUUCCCCCACACCUCUGGGACCAACUCUACGCUGCUCAGCUUUGACGAGGGAGACAUCAUCACCCUGCUCAUACCUGAUGAGAGGGACGGAUGGCUCUACGGAGAACUGGAGAAAACCAGGCAGAGGGGAUGGUUUCCAUCAUCCUAUUGCCGGGCAUAUUCAGAGCCAAUAGUGAAUAACAACAGUGUGGGGGCUCCUCCCAUGCGCAGUAAGAGCGUGGUGAACCUGCUCCACCAGGACACAGAGACAGAUGAUUCCUCCAUGGUCCUCCCCCCUCCUGACUACAGCGACUUCCCCAAGAGGAGUGUCCUCCCGGGCAGCAAGCAGCACUCGCCCUCCCUCUCCACCUCCUCCGGGUCUUCUGUACACACGGGAACCCAACUUAAUGGGUUUGGGAAGACGCCUCUUUUCCUUGGGUAAGUCAUGCAUCAUGAAGAUAAUAUUAACACAUCUAUCUUAAACUCACAAUAGCGUGUGGACACGCAAUCUUUCUUUCAAAUAGUCAGUCAUAUACUCUACCCACAAUGUAGUCCACAUACAGAGCGCAAGGGUUCUAUUUUUGGCGCUAAGGAGGCGCAAGUGUCAAAUGCACGUUCAUUUGCAAUUUCGUCAUGUAAAAGCAGGUACACUGGCAUUUUCCAGCCCUAACGCCAAGUUCAGCAAUUUACCUGUCUACCAUCAGCUCCCUUACACUGAAGUGGGAGGGGUUACAAUUUUAGAGGUGUGUCCUUAAAAACAAGUUCAAAAGUGACAAUUUUCAUAUAGCACUAAUGGGAAGUUUUAAGAUUCCCAAAAAGCAGGUCUUAACAGUAACACAGAUGAUAAUGGCAGAGAUUUUGAAAGUGGAAGCACAGCCUAUCCAACCAUGACACAGAGAGUGGAAGCACAGCCUAUCCAACCAUGACACAGAGAGUGGAAGCACAGCCUAUCUAACCAUGACACAGAGAGUGGAAGCACAGCCUAUCCAACCAUGACACAGAGAGUGGAAGCACAGCCUAUCCAACCAUGACACAGAGAGUGGAAGCACAGCCUAUCUAACCAUGACACAGAGAGUGGAAGCACAGCCUAUCCAACCAUGACACACAGAGUGGAAGCACAGCCUAUCCAACCAUGACACACAGAGUGGAAGCACAGCCUAUCCAACCAUGACACAGAGUGGAAGCACAGCCUAUCCAACCAUGACACAGAGUGGAAGCACAGCCUAUCCAACCAUGACACAGAGUGGAAGCACAGCCUAUCCAACCAUGACACAGAGUGGAAGCGCAGCCUAUCCAACCAUGA